AUGGGUGGAUCAAGUGAUUCAAAUGAACCUCGUAGAACUAAAAGUUCGGCUUCCAAUGGAAAUACUAAUAACGACACAAAUUCAACUUUAUCAAAUUCACCUUCGACCUUUACGUCAUUUACGUUUUCUGCUCCUGUCCAGCCAAUAGAUCAAUCACAUUGGAGCAUAGUGGAAUGGUUUGGAAAUGGUUCCAACUGGCAAGUUGAUUUCGCCAAAUGGAUAAUUCUAGCGAUUGAAGAACCUAGAGAAAGUUCAGAACAACCUAACAUUGAAACAGGAGUGAAGAUAAUUAAUAGAGAAAUUGAAGAAUUAUAUUCAGCAGGAAUGAUUCCUAAAGAAACUUAUAAUCCUUGUUUAGAUAUAAUCAAUAAAUGUAAAAUUUUUCGUUUAAAUCCUGAUAAAGAUAAAAGGGAACAUUUAUUGCAAAUGAUAUUUAAUCGUUUACAAAUGAAGUAUAACGACGCUAUUCAAAUAAUUAAUAUGUUAAGACAAAUCAGUAUUGAACAACGUUCAGUUUUAAGAUUUAUGACUCAUCAAAAAGUUCAAGCAAAGAUCGCUUAUUUGAGAACUACUUUAAAAUCCCACAAGACAACUUAUGAUAUGGAAAGAUAUCAUUGCAUUACAAAUCCAUAUUACGAUGAGGUAUUUAAACAAAAACAAGCGGCUGUUCUUGAAUGUAGCAAUUUAAACGCUUCUAUUAAAGCAGUUAAAGCUUCGAAUGUCGAAUUAAAUGAGAGGUAUAGUGAUAUAUUUAACGACCACCACAGAGUCAAUCAAGAAUUAAUUGAACUCAAAGAGAAAAAUGAAAAAUUGUAUAAUGAAGUUAACGACAAUAAAAUAUUAACCACCAAAUACGAAAAACUUGUCGUUACCAACAAAGAAUUACUCAAAGCGAAAGAAGCAUUAAAAAAACAAGGGGAAGAAAUUGUUAAAGAGAUUAUGGAGAAUCAUACUAAGAUGACCCAAGACCGUGAUAAAAUGAUUAAACAACUUCAAGAAGAAGCCAAAGAAUUACGUCAAGAAGCAAAAUCUGCUAAAGAAGAAGCAACAACUUAUCAAGCUGCUCUUGGAAGCGCAACAAAUAUUCGUUGGAGCGAUAGCACUUUAAACAAUCCUAUUCAAUUAACAAAAGAUAUAGAGAACUUACAACAUUCUUUAACUGUUUUUACCAAAGUUAAAGGGAAAUCUAUUAAAAUUAACGAGGAUGCUGCUAAAAAAUUAUUAGCUGAAUAUCAAUGUAAGGCAAAUCUUGACCAUAAAGAAAUUAAAAACUAUCUAGCAGCUGCUCUUCAACGAAUGAUUCUCGAAACAAUCUUUUACUUCGCAGAUAACUUAUUUAAAUACGCUAAUCAUGACAGCUUUAGCGAUAAGCUUCUCGAGUCAUAUAUAGUGUAUUAUACACAUUAUCUAAUUAAAAAUACAAAUUUAUUGGCUACAACUCGUGAAGGAAAAGAUAGCGUGACUGCUAUAACUCCAGUUAAAAUUCGUCAACAAGUAUACGCUGCUCUAGGAUCUCGUGGAUUCGCUAAACCCAACCAUCCUCUCGUUUCCCAUCUUAUUAAUAAAAUCUUGGGCAAAAUGGAAAUGUAUCGUGAAGUAAUAGACGAUGGAAAUAAGAAUGAACUACGUUCUGAUGCUGAAAAAAUUAUUCGCACCGGACUACAAUUAUGGUUUUGUUUGAAAGCUCAAGAACCAAUAGCAAAGGUUCAAUGGUUUAAAGCCGGUGCUCAUCUAGAAUCACAUCUUAUCGUAGGUGCUUGGGAAAAUGAUAAUAUCAAAGAAAUGGAGGUGGACUUUGCAUAUUUCCCUCUUAUUAUGUCUGAGCAUGAUAAUCAAGUUUUUAGUAAAGCUCAAGUUUUUGUUCGUCCAAAGGCAAAUGGAAGAACGAAAAAACUUUUUGGCAUUUUUUAA